AAACCAAAGGUUGCCUUACUUGCCUUCCUAGAAAUAGAAACACACACACACACACUAACUCUUCAUUAAUCUUAUUUACUUGUACUCUGUUGUUUUCCCAACAUUUCUUCUUAUUUUUAUAAAAAUAAGCUUAAUUAUUAGAUAUGGUUGAGAAGAGUGGAGCUAAGUACCAACAAAAAGUUGGUUUCCCUUCAAUGGAUGUCUCCUCAUUAGAGCUUGGCCACACUGGAGGUUCUAAGUUCAUGGAUGAUGAUGGCCGUGCAAAGAGAACUGGUAAUGUAUGGACGGCGAGUGCGCAUAUUAUCACGGCGGUGAUCGGUUCCGGCGUGCUUUCGCUUGCUUGGGCUAUCGGUCAGCUUGGUUGGAUCGCCGGACCCAUAGUUAUGUUCUUGUUUGGCUUUGUCACCUACUACACUUCAUCUCUUCUCUCUGACUGUUACCGGACCGGUGAUCCUAUCUCCGGCAAGCGGAAUUAUACUUAUAUGGACGCGGUUCAUGCUUAUUUAGGUGGAUUUAAGGUGAAACUUUGCGGUUGGAUUCAAUAUCUCAAUAUUUUUGGAGUUGCCAUUGGGUACACUAUUGCUGCUUCCAUUAGUAUGAUGGCAAUAGAGAGGUCUAAUUGUUUUCAUAAAAAUGGUGACACAAGUCCCUGCCCUGCAUCAAGCAACAUGUACAUGAUAAUCUUCGGCAUAACAGAGAUUCUCUUUUCUCAAAUCCCCGACUUCGAUCAGAUUUGGUGGCUAUCCAUCGUCGCGGCGAUCAUGUCUUUCACUUACUCGACCAUCGGUCUCGCUCUCGGCAUCAUCCAAGUCAUAGCCAAUGGUGGAGUGAAAGGUAGUCUAACCGGUAUCAGCAUCGGCACAGUCACUGAAAUGGAAAAAAUUUGGCGAAGUCUCCAGGCUUUCGGCGACAUCGCCUUCGCCUACUCCUACUCAAUCAUUCUCAUCGAAAUUCAAGACACCAUAAAAUCUCCGCCUCCUUCCGAAACCAAAGUAAUGAAAAGGGCAACACUUAUAAGUGUCGGAGUCACAACACUCUUCUACUUACUCUGUGGCUGCACUGGUUAUGCUGCCUUCGGCGAUCUCGCCCCCGGUAACCUCCUCACCGGCUUCGGCUUCUUCAAUCCUUACUGGCUUUUGGACAUUGCAAAUGCCGCAAUUGUCAUCCAUUUGGUUGGAGCAUAUCAAGUCUACUGCCAACCACUUUUUGCCUUUGUUGAAAAAUGGGCAGUACAGACUUGGCCAGACUUAGAAUUCAUAACAAAAGAAAUCUCAGUCUCUCUGCCCGGUUCUCGAACCUUUAAUCUGAAUCUUUUUAGAUUGGUUUGGCGUACGAUAUUUGUCGUGAUAACGACGAUCAUUUCUAUGCUUCUUCCUUUCUUUAAUGACGUCGUCGGGUUUCUUGGAGCUCUCGGGUUUUGGCCUCUUACCGUAUAUUUUCCAAUAGAGAUGUACAUUGUUCAGAAGAAGGUGGAGAAGUGGAGCACAAGAUGGGUUUGUUUCCAGAUGCUUAGCUUGGCUUGUCUGGUGAUCACCAUUGCCGCGGCGGCAGGGUCCAUUGCCGGAGUUAUCACUGAUCUUCAAGUCUAUAAACCAUUCAAGACAACUUAUUGAGAACAUGCAAUUGUUCUCAAACUCAAUUGAUGCUUUUUUUUUUCUUUUUUUUUAAAAAAUUUUAUUACUUGUUGUUGAUUGUGUGCAUGUUGUUGCAGUAAUAGUUGUUGUUGUUGUUGUUAUGUUUAUGAAUUAAUUAUGAAUAUAAAGAUGGAAGUUUGUUUGUGAUGAGA